AUGUCUCAACUUGCUCAGCAAGAGAAUAAUGCAAAUGCAGCGAUGACUCAGUGGACUAGGGAAGACGACAUUGCCUUUGAAAACGCCCUCGCUAUCAUCCCAAAAGCCAUGCCUGAGCCAGAGUAUUGGGAGAAAGUAGCCGCUCUUGUCCCUGGAAAAUCACCGGCGGAGGUCCAAAAUUAUUACUGGGUAUUGGUCCAUGGCUUGUUAGAGAUUGAGACGGGUCGAGUGCCGUUACCGCACUUGUUGCCGGUGCUGAUGGAGGCCGACGGAGGUAACUAUGGAAAGAAAAGGUUGACAUGGACAGAAGAGGAACACGGGUAUGUUUGUGUUAUUUCUCGCUGGGCUGCAGAUAAAUGGCAAGGGAGAUUGGAAAAACAUUGUUAG